AGUGAGUGAGUGUGUGUGUGCCUGCAGGAGAGGGAGAGACUACACCCAUCACAGUUUGAUGAGUGGCUUAGUUUGCCUCCUGCAUUUCGGAUUACUGCUCUGACUGAUUGCUGGAUUUGUGUAGCUGAACUUGGAAGCAGCAAAGUUUUGUACCUGGAGAAGAGUACAGAGAUGAACAGCCGUGCUCUACCUCCUUCCAUACCUGAGGACGCGGAGGUCUUGGGCUACAAUCCACACGGGGAGAUGAACGGUUACCAUCAAAGGUUUCGGGAUGGCGACGGUGGGGAGGCAGAAGUCCCAGUGUCCAAGUCCCAGAGGCGGAAGAGUGAUGUCAAAGUCUAUAAGGAGUUUUGUGAUUUCUAUGCACGCUUCAACAUGGCCAAUGCCCUGGCCAAUGCCAUGUGCGAGCGCUGCAAGAGUGGCUUUGCUCCGGCUGAGAAGAUAGUGAACAGUAACGGAGAACUUUACCAUGAGCAGUGCUUUGUGUGCGCCCAGUGUUUCCAACAGUUCCCAGAGGGUCUCUUCUAUGAGUUUGAAGACAGGAAAUACUGUGAACAUGACUUCCAGAUGCUCUUUGCGCCAUGCUGCCACCAGUGUGGUGAGUUCAUCAUUGGCCGUGUCAUCAAGGCCAUGAACAACAGCUGGCAUCCCGAAUGUUUCUGCUGUAACAUCUGCCAGGCUGUGCUCGCCGAUGUUGGAUUUGUUAAGAAUGCAGGCAGGCACCUGUGUCGUCCGUGCCACAACAGAGAGAAAGCGCGUGGCCUGGGCAAGUACAUCUGCCAAAAGUGUCAUGCCAUCAUUGAAGAGCAGCCCCUUCUGUUCAAGAAUGACCCCUACCACCCUGAUCACUUCAACUGUAACAACUGCGGAAAGGAGUUGACUGCUGAUGCCAGGGAGCUGAAGGGGGAGCUUUACUGUUUGCCCUGCCACGACAAGAUGGGCGUCCCCAUCUGCGGGGCCUGCAGGAGACCCAUCGAGGGCCGUGUGGUCAAUGCAAUGGGCAAGCAGUGGCAUGUGGAGCAUUUUGUGUGUGCUAAGUGUGAGAAACCUUUCCUGGGACACCGCCACUACGAACGCAAGGGCCUGGCCUACUGUGAAACACACUACAACCAGCUGUUUGGAGAUGUUUGCUACCACUGCAAUCGUGUUAUAGAAGGAGACGUGGUGUCAGCCCUCAACAAGGCUUGGUGCGUCAACUGCUUUGCUUGCUCCACUUGCAACACCAAGCUCACCCUCAAAGAUAAAUUUGUGGAAGUGGAUCUGAAACCGGUGUGUAAGCACUGCUAUGAACGUCUGCCGGACGACAUGAAACGCUGGCUGUCAAAGCGGGAGCGCGACUCAAAGGAGAAAAAGAAGAAACCAUUGAUACCCAUGAACAAGUUUGUGGAGUUUGACAUGAAGCCAGUGUGCAAGAAGUGUUAUGAGAAAUUUCCACUGGAGCUGAAGAAGAGACUGAAGAAGUUGUCGGAAACUGUUGCACGGAAGUAAACACGCCAUUUACGGUAACACCUGACGUGCCAUCACUGAGUCUUUUUAUGAAGAACUGCAGAGUUUUGAGUGCCAUUUAAUGGGCCAGACUCUGUAAGUUGGUGCAACGUCUGUGUCAUUUACAGCUUAAAAGAACCUUUCACUCAUCUUCCUUUUCACACUGCUAUGUAACUGAAACACAUUGUGAUGGAUUGACUGUGUUACUGAUGCUCUAGCAUAUUAAAGAGCAAACCCAAAGUAAAAUGAAGAAAAAAAAUGUUAAAUACUUAUAUAUCACUUAUUUACUUUUUGUUAUUAUCACUAUUUUAUGUAUUGUAUGUGUAUUUUCACUAAAAUAUACUGUAUACAGUAGCUGUUUCAGUGGCCUUCUUGUUUCUGUAAUAGAUUUGUUGGAUUAUUUUUUUGUGUUAUGCCUUGAUUAAAUUGAGAAUGUAUUGGUGUAAUUCUCCACUUAAA